AUGCAUGAGUUGCUUGAGAGUUUAACAGGUUGGGUUGUGAUAGGCGCAAGCACCCCAACACAUACACUCUCCUCAAAUAUUGCCAGGGUUGGGAUGGCUAAGAGCAUCUCACAAGUCGCGGAGGAUACACUUCCUGCUCCUCUUGGGAUGUCCGGCGUAGCUGCCGACACUACCCUGCGCCUUCCAGCAGCGCAGCCUCCUGCUCCUCCUUUCCUAAGCACAUCCGACACAACUGCCGGCACCUCUCCACAGCUUCCAGCAGUGCUGCCUCCUACUCCUCCUUUCCUAAGCACAUCCGACACAACUACCGGCACCUCUCCACAGCUUCCAGCAGUGCCGCCUCGUGGUGAGAUUAUUGAUGACAGCCAUAAGGACGAUGCUGUUUCCACCUUGGUGGGGCAUUUAUCGGAGAAAAGCAUGUCUUAG